UCCUCUUUCUAUAUCUCCUGCUGUUGGCGCGUGGUUUCGGCUCUCCACGGAAUUUAAACGUCACUCACGGUUGCGCGAGAGGCUUCACGCUCCAUGUGUCGCGCCAGUCCCCCUGCCUCUCGCGCGCAUUAAUAUUCCUGUAAGUCUCAGUCAUGAAUAACAAUUACACCGUACACCGGGGGUAAGAGGCGGGCUCUGCCGGUGCUCACAGUCAGAGCGGCGGCGGCUCCGGGCGGAAGAAGAAGAAGAAGAAGAAGAAGAAGAAGGUUGACCAUGGAGCUGUAGACCGGGCACGAAACAAAACAAACAAAAAACAACAACCUGGAUUUAGGUUUGGCUAUCACGGGUCAACACUAUCUGUACUACACUGCUGACACCAAACAGAGGGUUUACACAUGUUAGUUCACUCCUACUCCACUGCGGACCGGCAUGACGGUGUCUCGAGCCACAGCUCGCGCCUGUCCCAGCUGGGCUCGGUGUCGCACGCGGGACCCUACUCCAGCGCGCCCCCGCUGUCUCACGCCCCGUCCUCGGACUUCCAGCCUCCGUACUUCCCGCCGCCGUACCAGCCGCUCGCUCACUACCAGAGCCAGGACCCGUACUCCCACGUCAGCGACCCGUACUCGCUGAACUCUCUGCACCAGAGCCAGCAGAGCGCAUGGGGGGCCCGGCAGCGGCAGGACGCCUCCGGAGACCGGAUGGAGAGCUCCGGUCUGCUGGCGCAACCGCGGGCCUCUCUGCCUCAGCUGUCCGGGCUGGACCCCCGGCGGGACUACGGUGUGCGGCGGCCCGACGUGCUGCUGCACUCUGCACACCCGGGGCUGGAUCCCGGCAUGGGCGACGGACUGCUGCAGGGGCUGCACGGUAUGGAGGAUGUCCAGACCAUUGACGACACCAACGGAACGAACAUCCUGGAUCAGUCAGUCAUUAAGAAAGUGCCGAUGCCACACAAGCACAUGGGCUCUCUGAUGCUGGGCAAGGACGGGCUGAUCGGGGGGAUCACCGUCAACAUUAACGAGGUGUUCUGCUCGGUACCGGGCCGCCUGUCGCUGCUCAGCUCCACCUCCAAGUACAAAGUGACCGUCGGGGAGGUGCAGAGGAGACUGUCCCCGCCCGAGUGCCUCAACGCCUCCUUGUUGGGGGGCGUGUUGAGAAGAGCAAAGUCCAAAAACGGUGGGAAAUGUCUGAGAGAAAAGCUGGAGAAGAUUGGACUCAAUUUACCUGCUGGAAGACGCAAAGCUGCCAAUGUCACAUUACUAACAUCUCUAGUAGAAGGUGAAGCGGUCCACCUGGCCCGGGAUUUCGGUUACAUCUGCGAGACGGAGUUCCCCACCAAAGCCGUGAGCGAGUACCUCAACCGGCAGCACGCGGACCCCAACGAGCUGCACACGCGGAAAAACAUGCUGCUGGCGACAAAACAGCUGUGUAAGGAGUUCACAGACCUGCUGGCCCAGGAUAGGACUCCGCUGGGCAACUCCAGACCCAGCCCCAUCCUGGAGCCCGGCAUCCAGAGCUGCCUCUCCCACUUCUCCUUCAUCACGCACGGCUUCGGCUCGCCCGCCAUCUGCGCCGCGCUCACCACCCUGCAGAACUACCUCACCGAGGCUCUCAAAGGACUCGACAAGAUGUUUCUCAACAACCCCCCCAACAACCGGCACGGGGACGGAGGCAACAAGGCCGACAAAGAGGAGAAGCAGCGGAAAUGAGGCUGGGGAGGCGGCGACAGGAGAGCCAAACGGAAGGCAGACACACAGACAGAGGCGUCGACACCGUUACUUCUAGCUUUACACCACUGCCACUGACUUGCCACACACAGGGCCGAGGAGGAGGAGGAGGAGGAGGA